AUGGAUAUUACUUUAGAGGAGACAACUGAUUAUAUGUUAUGUGAUCAAGAAGCUGAUAUAUUGGAUUUCACACCUUAUCUGGUACGUGUUCAAAAAGAUUCAGUAGAUGAGGGACUUAUUUGUAACCAAGAUGAAAAUGAGGAUUUGGAAUGUAACCAAGAAGAUGAAGAUGGUGGUAAUGAAAAUGACAGUGCUUUAAAUGUGAACUUUGAGGAUUUUGAUGAGGAUGCUAUAGGAAUUGGUGAAGAAAUUAUUCUGGAUAAAGAGGAUGGCAAAGGAAAGGAGAAAGGGAAAAGGGCAAAGGAAAAGUUAAAGGAAAGGGGAAAGGGCAAAGGAAAAGUUAAAGGAAAGGGGAAGGGAAAAGGAAAAUGUAAAGGGAAGGGGAAAACCAAGGUUGGGAGACCAAGGAAACAAAGGAAGGUUGAAGAAGCAGUUGAAGGUAGUAGCUCAAUUGAUAAUGAAGAUGAAGAGGUUCCAAAGGAAAGCUUUAGAGGUUUGUGUGAUGUUGAGGAAUGUGAUAGUGAUGAGUUACCCCAAGAGUGUGAUAGUGAUGAGUUACCCCAAGAGUGUGAUAGUGAAGAUGAAGAUGUGUUAAAAGAUGAUUUUCAAACAUUAAAGCUUCCAAAAAGAAUGGUGGAUUACAAGUGGGAGUUAGGGACUUAUUUUGCUACUAAGGAAUAA